CGACCACAUUUGGAUUGAUUGGCGGAUCAUCCGAGCGGCAUGAGCGCGAUCGAAGCAACACCGCGCGGCCAGAUCUGGAUCAUCAACAACAUCCAGAAGCGCAAGAACAUCCGCGAUCUGCUUCUGAGCGCGGCGGCCUUUGGUGUCGUCGAGGCCUAUGUCGUGGGCCACAAGCUCCUGAGCUUCGAGGCGGCGCUCCUCCAGUUUGCAGAUUCAGGUUUCGAGCUGCCUUUUCCAAUCACACGCUGCGCGACGCUCGUCGAGUGCCGGAGCCUCCUCAAGACGCAGAACCCGUCGACUCGAAUCGUUGGCAUUGAGAUCCUCCACAACGCCAAGAGCGUCAACGACCCGGAUGUGUUUACCGAGGCGCCGAUGGCCUUUAUGGUCGGCAACGAAGGCAGCGGGCUCUCGGACGCCCAAGUAGCCAUCUGCGACGGGUUUGUCUACAUUCCGCAGUACGGCGGCGGCACCGCGUCGCUCAACGUCACGGUCGCCGCGUCCAUCAUCAUGCACAAGUACGCUGUCUGGGCCCGUCCGUCGGCCCAUCGCAGCUAAUAAAGCUACCAAGAUGUAGAGCGGUUCAUUAAUAUC